AUUGGACAUUAAAUUGCAACCUCCCUCACAUUCUUCUCAGUUUUCUUCUUUGCAAAAUCUCCCUUCACCAUGUCUAAACCUUGUUCUGCACCAAAAACCCCUCCAAUGGUUUCAAUUCUGCUUCUCUUUGGGCUGCUGAUGGCCAGCAUAAGCACAACAGGUGCCCAAAUAGGAGUUUGUUAUGGAAUGCUUGGAAACAACUUACCAUCAAAACAAGAAGUCAUCGCUCUCUACAACCAAAGAGGGAUCAAGAGAAUGAGAAUCUAUGAUCCAAACCAAGAAGCUCUCCAGGCCCUUAGAGGCUCCAACAUUGAACUCAUGCUUGGCCUACCAAAUAGUGACCUUCAAAGGAUUGCAUCUAGUCAAGCCAAUGCAAACAGUUGGGUCCAAAACAAUGUCAAGAACUAUGGCAAUGUCAAGAUCAAAUACAUUGCUGUAGGGAAUGAAGUGAAGCCAUCGGAACAAGCCGCGCAAUUUCUAGUCCCUGCAAUGCAGAACAUCAAGAAUGCACUAUCCGGGGCUGGACUUGGAAACAUUAAGGUCUCCACUGCUAUUGACACUGGUACACUGGGAGAGUCUUUUCCACCAUCAAAAGGCUCCUUCAGGGGAGAUUACAGAGCACUUAUCGAUCCGAUUAUUAGAUUCUUAGUGACCAACCAAUCUCCAUUGCUCCUAAACAUGUAUCCUUACUUCAGUUACAGUGGUAACACCAAGGAUAUUCGUCUCGAUUACGCGCUUUUCACAGCUCAAUCAGUUGUGGUUUCAGACCCACCAAGGCAAUACAAGAACCUGUUUGAUGCAAUCUUGGAUUCUGUUUACGCUGCCUUGGAGAAAGCCAAUGGAGGAUCAUUGGAGAUUGUUGUGUCUGAGACUGGAUGGCCUACAGCAGGAGGAGUAGGAACCUCAGUAGACAAUGCAAGAACUUACAAUAACAAUUUGGUUCAGCAUGUCAAAGGAGGGUCUCCAAAGAAGCCUGGGAAGCCUAUUGAGACUUACAUUUUUGCCUUGUUUGAUGAGAACAACAAGAGUCCUGAAUUGGAGAAGCAUUGGGGACUCUUUUCUCCUAAUAAACAGCCCAAAUACCCCAUGAAUUUCAACUAAGCAAGAGCAUCAUUGAAAAAUGUAUUAGAAAAAUGAAUAAGGGCAUUGCAUGUGUUCUAGUAUCAAUAAUGGAAUGUGACACAGCUCAUGUAUUGUAAGAAAUAUAGGCAAAUAAGAUCUAAACAAAGGAUUUAAGGUUUCAUAUUAUUG